AUGCGUUCUUGCGUGUGCGUGUGCGUGUGCGUGUGCGUGUGCGUGUGCGUGUGCGUGUGCGUGUGCGUGUGCGUGUGCGUGUGCGUGUGCGUGUGCGUGUGCGUGUGCGUGUGCGUGUGCGUGUGCGUGUGCGUGUGCGUGUGCGUGUGCGUGUGCGUGUGCGUGUGCGUGUGCGUGUGUGAAAAAUUUAAAAGCUACUUUGGACUCACUUACGAUCAGAUGGCGGUCAAAAACAUCACUUCAUUCUACGAUACUCUAGAAAUAGACCACAUUACUAAGAAAGGGAGUGUUAAGUAUAACAUUACUGAAUCAAGGCGUAUGAGUAGACACUUAAGGAAUCAAGAAGGAACUAUUGUUUUAAUCCAUGGUUUUCUCGAAAGUUCCGACGGUGUAAUGGUGAAAGGAAUCGCUCCAGCUCUGAUCAACAAACCAGGGUUGACUGUGUUAGCUCUCGAUGGGAGGAAGCUCAUUAACCUUGAAUAUUUUAGGUCAUCGACCUACGUUAGGUUUAUGGGAGAACAUCUUGGAGAAUUCCUUAGUGAACUAUUUACAAACGGUCAGGAUUCAUCGAAAUUAACUCUCAUCGGGCACAGUUUAGGAGCCCAUAUAGCCGGUGUAGCUGGUGAAAAGUUUCGUGAGCUGACCGGUAAAUCUAUCGGUCGUAUAGUUGGGUUGGAUCCUGCUGGACCUUGCUUCAGCAACAUCAGCCCAGCUGGUAAACUGGAUUCUGGGGAUGCGGAAUAUGUCGAUGUGAUACACACUAGUGCCGGCAUACUGGGACAACUAGAUCCUGUAGCACGUAAAUGCGGUAACUGGACUUUGUUCCGGAAUGGUCUGUGCUCAAAUAAUGAGGUGGCCUAUAUGGGUAUGAACUCCAGGCAGGGCAGCCGAGGGACCUAUUACCUGAACACUGGACCAAAACCUCCAUAUGGAUUAGGACCAGCUGGCAGUGGAAAAUAA